AUGAUUCGUCCUUCCAUUGUGCAGAGUGGGUCUGACUGCUGCUCCAAUACCUCAGUAUUCAUACACUGCCUCACAAACAUUUCUAACCAUUCCUUGUCUCUUAUUUAUUUCCUAUGCAUAUUAAUGGAAUCCUUCUUUUAUCCCUCCAAAAUUAAGAUUGUCGGUUUUGUACAUUUACUGGUGGACAUAAAAACAAUAAGCUUUUCAUUUCAUUUCAUUGCUGCUUUCCGCCAUUUUUAUCCUCCACGUUCAUCUUUUUCCUCAUUUUUUUCCCAUCAUUCUUCUUCCUUUGCCGGUUUUACUUUUCUUCAUUCAUUUACCGUAAUUCCCCAUUUUGACAUCUUACACUUCUCGUUAGUUUUUUUACCGAAUCACCAAUUCCUCGAUCGUUCAUUUACUUUUCACUUCUUUCUCAUUCACCUCGAUUUCCUUCUUUUUUUGUCGGUUUUAACUUUCCCCCACGCGUUUUUUCUCAUUGGUCCGCCCAACCUUCUCUUGCUGGUUCUUAUUUUCCUGUUCAUGUUUUUUUUCAUUUGGGUUCCUUAUCACUUUGUCGGUUUUAAUUUUGCUUUCACGUUUUUUCAUUCGUUUUCCCUCUUCCGUUGUCGAUCCUUAUUUUUCCUCUUCACUUUUUUCUCAUUCGUUUUGCUACCAUCUUUGCCAGUCUUACUUUUGCCUUCCCGUUUUUCUCAUUCGUUUUCCUUCUCCCCUUGUUAUCUUACUUUUGCCUUAACGUUUUUCUCAUUCGUUUUCCUUCUGCCUUUAUGGUCUAACUUUCCCCUUUACGUUUCUCUCAUUCAUUUUCCUUCUCCCUUUGUUAGUCUUACUUUUUCCUUAACGUUUUUUCUCAUUCGUUUCCUUCUCCUUUUGUUAGUCUUGCUUUGCCUUAACAUUUUUCUCAUUCGAUUUCCUUCUCCCUUUUCUUACUUUUGCCUUCCCGUUUUUCUCAUUCGUUUUCCUUCUCCCCUUGAAGGUCUUACUUUUGCCUUCCCGUUUUUUCUCAUUCGUUUUCCUUCUGCCUUUGUCGGUCUAACUUUCCCCUUAACGUUUGUCUCAUUCAUUUUCGUUUUCCUUCAGUCUUUUACUUUUUGCCUUCCCUCUUACUUUUGCCAUAACGUUUUUUUCUCAUUCGUUUUCCUUCGAUCUUUGCCGGUCUUAUUUUGCCUUCCCGUUUUUCUCAUUUGUUUUCCUUCUGCCUUCGUCGGUCUAAAUUUCUCCUUCAUGUUUCUCUCGUUUGUUUUCUUCUUCCUUUUCGCUUCUUUUUCACCUCUUCCCGUUUUUCUCAUUCACUUCGUUUUCCUUCUUUCCUUCCAAUGUCCUUCAUUUCCUGUUCGCAUUUUUCUCAUCCACUCCGUUUUCCUUCUCCCUUUGCCGACCUUCUCUUUACCUCUUCAGUUUUUUGACUUUUAUUUAUCUUUCCUUCUUCCUUUUCCGAACUUAAUUCUGUUCCCUUUUAUGUCAUUCAUUUCUCUUACUUUUGCCUUAACGUUUUUCUCUUCCGUUUUCCUUCUCACUCUGUUACUCUUACUUUUGCCUUCCCGUUUUUCUCAUUCGUUUUCCUUCUGGCUUUGUUAG